GGGAGAGCGGCGGCAGCGGCAGCCUGGGCAUUGGGUGCGACGGAGAGAGAUCUGAUUAUCAUGGACCUGCGACAGUUUCUUACGUGCCUGUCCCUGUGCACGGCCGUUGCCUUGAGCAAGCCCACAGAAAAGAAGGACCGUGUACACCAUGAGCCUCAGCUCAGUGACAAAGUUCACAAUGAUGCUCAGAGUUUUGAUUAUGACCACGACGCCUUCUUGGGUGCUGAAGAAGCAAAAACCUUUGAUCAGCUGACGCCAGAAGAGAGCAAGGAAAGACUUGGAAUGAUUGUAGAUAAAAUAGACGCGGAUAAAGAUGGGUUUGUGACGGAGGGGGAGCUGAAAUCCUGGAUUAAGCACGCCCAGAAGAAAUACAUAUAUGACAAUGUUGAAAACCAAUGGCAGGAGUUUGAUUUGAAUCAAGACGGCUUAAUCUCCUGGGAUGAGUACAGAAACGUGACUUAUGGCACUUACCUGGAUGAUCCAGACCCUGAUGAUGGAUUUAACUAUAAACAGAUGAUGGUUAGAGAUGAGCGGAGGUUUAAAAUGGCAGACAAGGAUGGAGACCUCAUUGCCACAAAGGAGGAAUUCACAGCUUUUCUGCACCCUGAGGAGUAUGACUACAUGAAGGAUAUAGUGGUACAGGAAACUAUGGAAGAUAUAGAUAAGAAUGCUGAUGGUUUCAUUGAUCUGGAAGAGUAUAUUGGUGAUAUGUACAGCCACGACGGAAAUGCUGAUGAGCCAGAGUGGGUCAAGACGGAGAGAGAACAGUUUGUUGAGUUUCGAGAUAAGAACCGUGAUGGAAAGAUGGAUAAGGAGGAGACCAAAGACUGGAUCCUCCCCUCAGAUUAUGACCAUGCUGAGGCAGAAGCCAGGCACCUGGUUUAUGAAUCAGACCAAAACAAGGAUGGCAAGCUUACCAAGGAGGAGAUUGUUGACAAGUAUGAUUUAUUUGUGGGCAGCCAGGCCACAGAUUUUGGUGAGGCCUUAGUACGACAUGAUGAGUUCUGAGCUGCAGACAGAGGAACCCACAUUUCUUCAAAAUAAUUUAUUUUUACAGCUUCUGGUUUCACAUGAAAUUGCGCUACUGAGACUGUUAUUACAAACUUUUUAAGACAUGAAAAGUUGUAACAGAAAUGAUCCCGUCCCCAUUCCUCCUCCUCUCUGAGGGACAGGAGGGAAACCGUGCUUCUGAGGAACAACUCUAAUUAGUACACUUGUGUUUGUAGAUUUACACUUUGUAUUAUGUAUAACGUGUGUUUAUUUUUGUAUUUGUUCUCUGGUUGAGAGUAUGAUAUGAAGGAUCAACAUCCUCAACUCACACUUGUAGGCAAACAUUAGCCCUUCACUCUUUCUCCACCCUUAUCAUGUAAUUUUUUAUAAUUUUGACUUAAGUUUAAGCCUGAGAUCAAUAAGAAAUGUUCAGGAGAGAGAAAAGGGAAGAAAUAUUCCCCACAAUUUAUAUUUAGAGAGAUAACACUUAAACUUGCCUAUUGAAAAGUAUAUUUCAUAAGUAGUAGGGGCCACAUGUUCCAUUCAGUUGCUUCAUGUCCAGGUCCUAGCAUUAUCUGGGCAAGGACAGAUCCCUGUGUUAUAAGAAAGCUUGAAUCGACUUGAUUUCAUUCAUCCUUUUUUUCCCCCCUCUUCCCUGUGGGACUAGCUGUUUGCUAAUUUUGUCAAGCACAGCUGUGGUGGGAAAAGUUGGGGCCAGUGUCUUGAAUAUCAAUCAAGUAGUGAGUGUGAUCUCUUUACAGAGAUAUAAAUAGAAACAGCUGGAAAACUAAAGAAAAAAUCCAAGUGUUCUUAGGGCACAUGCUUUUUUCUGGGUGUGCAUCUAUUGAAGUGCUCAAGCCUGUCUUUAUUCAAUCAGUCAGUGCCCCAUUCAGUUCCUAUUUCCCCAAGUGUUCCAAGGAACUAAUCUUGAUUUCACUGCUGUCAAAAUGUGCUCCUUUCCAAUCGUGUCAUUGAAAGUGCCUUUAAUGAGAGAAACGGUCACUGAAUGAGGAUUCUCUUAAGAAACCCUAAGAUAAAGAGAAAGUAGACGAUUUGGACCACCUUAAAUGAAAGCUUAGAACCUCCUGUUGUGGUGGGGAUUAUUUUCUUCCCUUUCUCUUUUGGACAGUGGUUCAAUAGCAGUAUUAGUUAGGGGCUUGGUUGCAGUGUUCUUACCUUGUGGGCUGAUUUCUGAAAACCACAUGCUGCUGAAUUUACCAGGGAUCCUCAUACCUCAGAAUGCUAACCACUUAUCUACCAGGCCUGUUUCUCUGUCAGCUGAGGAGGCUGAGCUAAGGCUCAGAGAUGAGAGGGCUCUUUGGUUUGAGGACCGUCGCUCACCCUUCCUGCCUUUGACUCAUCCUUCCCUAUGUCCCCAUCUCCCCGCUGCCAAAAAAUGUUUAUCAUGGAUCAACAUUGCCAAUCCUUAUCAAAGAGAGGGACAUUGUAGAAAGAGCUGAAGAAACCACCUCUGUUCCCAACUCACCUAUAUUUUACAUAACAAGAAACUGCCCUUUUUUGGUCCCUUUCAUACACAUGGACCUCUUUUGAGAAGAAUUAUGUAUUCCAAGUUUUUAGCCCUCAGGUUACUAAGACAUAUAUAUAUAUAUAUAUAUAUAACCUUUAUUAUUUCAUAUAUCUUUCUGGAUAAUACAUUCAGGUGGUGCUGGGUGAUUAUUAUAAUCUGAACCUAGGUCUUCCAUAAUCAUGUUCAGGUGGGCUACUUGGCCUGGUAAAAAGCCAGAUAUGUAACUUCACCCUGGCCUUUGCUCUUGAGAGUGGAUACAUUCUUUGAACCCCAGUAUAAGGAAAUGGGGAUUCUCUGCCUUCCAGAUUCCCCAUUUGAAUUGUUAAGAAGACCAGGAAUGAUUAAUAAUGCCACCAACCCUGGCUUGGAGAGGGCACAGCACAAAUUGUGUGGCAGGAGAGCCUCGCAGGUCACUAGGUGCAGAGAACCCAGGCCUCACGUUAAAGUCAUGCACCUAGAAAGCAAACCUCCAUCUGCUAAGAUAGCAACUUCUGGAUGCUGGGUGCUCAUCAAUAAGCAUUUGUACUCUAAUCUCUAAUGACCCUCCUGGAUUUUUUUUUUUUUUUUGGUUUAAAUCAAGCCUGAGGCUGGUGAACAGUAGCUACACACCCACAUUGUGUGUUCUGUGAAUGCUAGCUGUCUUGAAUUUGGAUACUGGUUAUUAUUUUUUAGAGUGUAAACCAAGUUUUAUAUUCUAUAAUGCAAACAGGUACCUAUCUGUUUCUAAAUAAAACUGUUUACAUUCAC